AUGCUCUGCGCGGUACUCUGCGUGAGCUCGGGCAAUGAGCGAGUGGUGCCCAGCAGUGGCUCCCAGGCGCGGGUGGCGGUGAGGACCAGCACCGCGGGGAAGACGACGUUCGUGCUUGACGACAGGGAGGUGCCGCUGUCCGACGUUCGCACGGUCGCGUCCUUGUCCGGGGUGUUCGUCACCAUGGAGGUCAAGGAGCUGGGCCACAUCGGCCUGCAGUUCGACGUCGAGAGCAGCGCGAAGAACAUAGUCGACGAGCUGACGAAGAGGAAGCAGAACUACGAGCGCUUCGAGCAGUACGAGCAGAGUAGCGUCCAGAGCUACUUCCAGUACUACGCCAAGUGCAGCAACCAGCAGAACAUGCUGCAGGACAGCGUCCGCACGGUCACCUACCGAAAAGCCAUUGUGGAGAACCCCGACGACUUCAGAGGCAAGGUCGCGAUGGACAUCGGGGCUGGCAGUGGUAUCCUCUCGUUCUUCGCAUGCCAGGCCGGGGCCUCGACCGUCUACGCCGUCGAGGCGUCCUCCAUGGGCGAGGUCGUGCGGGCGCUAGCGGACGCGAACGCCAGCGCCUUCCCGGGCUCCACCGUCGAGGUUCUCAACAAGCCACUCGAGAGCAUCAAGGACGAGGUUCAGGGCAAGGUUGACGUGCUCGUCUCUGAGCCCAUCGGCACGUUCCUCUUCAACGAGAGGAUGAUCGAGACGUACCUCUGUGCGCGGGACCGCUUCCUGAAGCCGGGAG